AUGAGUCAGUCCAAGGUUGAUGACUCUGACCUAGUCAACGAUGCUCUCAGUAACGAGGAAGAACUAUUCAUACCCAAAUUUGGCAAUGCAGUUCAGACCAAAAAGAAACACGGAACCCUCCAUUGCCUUCUCUAUUUAUGCAUUCUUUUCAUUAUUGCCUUAGUGUGCUUGAGCACAUAUUUGGCCCUAUCUCUCAAGGAGUCGAAUCGUAGUAAUGCCACGUUUGAGGAUCAAGUUUACUCCCCCGUUGAGAAACUUGUGAAAUACAAGAACCUAGUGUUUACCACCGGCUUCGGGUCUGAGAGAACACCUUACCAGGGACCGCCUACCCCCGAGAGAGAUGCAUUGUGGGAUGAUUUGUAUCUGAAGUUUGGCGUCAGCCGAAUUCCCCGCGACUCGGCUGCUAAGUUGAUAAAUAAGACAAUUCCAAUACCCGGCGAGCCAGGACAAUAUGUCAUUGAGUUGAACGUUUUCCAUCAGCUACAUUGCUUGAACAUGAUCCGCAAAAGGCUUUAUAUCGAAGACGGAAAAUACGAUCCCAACCAUAAGCUGACUGGGAUCGAACAUCUGGAGCAUUGUUAUGAUGCUUUACGACAGAGUCUUAUGUGUUCUGCUGAUAUCACCCCACUUCCAUGGGUCUGGAGUGACAAGGCACAAGAAGCAAAGGAGGUUGCUCGAGUCACGCAUACCUGCCGUGACUUCGAUAUUUUAAGAGACUGGGCUAGAGAACAUGCCGUGCAUCAUUUCGAUAAGAAGACGCAUGCACAUGAUAACCUUGAUGAUCACUAG